GUGUGUGUGUCCUCCAGUGUCUUUGUCUGUCAGUCCAAACCUUCAGCAGGUCUUCAGUGGAUCUUCAGUGUCUCUGAGUUGUGUUAAUGAUGGACAGACAGCUGAUGGAUGGUCAGUGAAGAGGACCAGAGGAGGACUCACUGAGGACUGUGGAGCAGCUGCAGGCUUUGGGAGGGUUCUUGGUUCCUACUGUGUUGUGGAUCUUUCUGCUCCCAGUGAAACUUUCUGGUGUGAGGACUCCUCUGGACAGCAGAGUGACAGAGUCUCCUUCAGUGUCCAAUCAGACCCUACAGGUGAGAUGUUCCAGCUGUGUCUCUGUCUCUGUGUGACUCUGCUCUCAUUAACUGUUUGUCUCUGCUGGUCAGAUAAAGAUGUCAUCCUGGAGAUCCCUGCACUUUCUGUGAGGACAGGAAGUGAUGUCAUUCUGCGCUGCAGGCAGAGGAAUGGUGCCACAGUCGCAGCUUAUUUCUUCAUUAAAGGGCCUCGACCUAAAGAAACUAAACCAGAGCACAUCAUCACUAAGGUCCAGCAGUCUGAUGAAGGUCUCUACUCGUGUUCUACUGAUCAGGGUGCAAAGUCUCCUGAGAGCUUUCUGAGGGUCAGAGAUCCUCCUACAAUCAUCCAUCCUCCUCCUCACUGUUCUCCUCCUCCCUCCUUUCUCCAGGUACCAGUUGUAGCAGGUCUGGUCUCCGUGGUUCUCCUGGUUCUGGUUCUGGGUGGAGUUCUGUUCCUCUGCAGUAAACUAAAAGGAGGUCGGGGAGCAGACCUGUGGAGCUGUGGAGGUGACGGCUGUCUGAGACGGAGCGUCUGCCUCUACUUUUCAGGCCUGUUUCUGCUGACUGCUGCAGGUGUGUGUGUGCUGCUGCUGUCUGCUCUGACUGUUCCUGCAGCUCCUCCACCUCCCUGUGAGUCUGUGCUCAGACUCUUCUGCCUUCUAGCGGUCUUCUGUCCGUACUGCAUCCUCACUGGUCAGCUGCUGUCCAUCUGCUGGAGCAGGAAGACACCGAACAAACCAGCCAUCUCCAUGGAGAUGACCCACUGUGAUGGAGGAGGUCAGGGACUGGAUGAAGUUGGUGUUGAUGUCACUGCUGAUGUCACCACUGAGCAUGCCUUCUGAGCUGCAGACUGUGUGUCAGGGUACCAGCAUCUGCAGUAUUCCUGUAGUUUGAUUCCUCUUUUGCUGUAUUGGAGAAAUGUUCUAGCGUUUACUGUCAGUAUGUCUUAGUUAGGUUUGAGUUUAUCACAUCAUCCCUGUUUCCUUGUUUAUGUGUCAUUCCCUGUUUGCUGAGUAAGUCUGUCCUCUGUGUCUGUCUCUUCAGUGAUGUCUCCUCUGUCUCACCUCCCUUUCUGUUUCGUGGUAUCAUUCCAUGUCUCCUCUGUCUGUAUUGUGCUUCCUGUACAUUCUCCCAGCCCAUCAUUUGAGUCUCCUCCCGUUUCCUUCCAAGUCCAUCUACUUCUUCCCUCCCAUCUCCUGUGUCAUGUUGUGUGAAUUAGUGUUUCCUGUUUUACUUUGAGUGUCACGUCCUGUGUUCAGUGUGUGUAGUUUUGCUUCCUCUGUGUCUUCAGGUCCACUCUCCCUAAUUACCCUCAUGUGCUUAUAUUGUGUCUGUUUCCCUCUGUCAGGUUGUCUGUAUUUCCUGUGUCUCUCCCAUCAUGUUGCAGUUUCCCUUGUUUUUUGGUUUAGUUUUCCCAGUUUAGUCACUCAGUCUAGUCUUGGUUUCACAUUUUAAUUACGUCAACAUUUCCAGCCUAAAUAAAUGACUGUCUUUCUGUUCAACCUCACUCUGGCCUCAGUUGUCUACAUUUGGCUCCUCCUCCUCCUCCACAUGAUCUGUCGUUGCAGAUUAGGACACCGUGGAGCUCUGAUGUGUUUCUAUCAGACAGUAAGUUUACCUCAGCCUACGAGGUGAAAAAGCUAACUUGAUCAUCUUUAAAUCUGUUACUGAGGUCUGGACGAUGAACACACCCUAUAAACAAGGAGCCCCUCCCACUAAGACUGAUACUCCAGGGUAUUCUCUUACCCAAUAGCAUGGUCACUGCUUACAGUUUUUCUCCAUUGGUUUGGCUCAUUUCUUGAAACAGAAAUGACAUUCUCAAAAUAACAUGGACAAACCUCCAAACCUCUUGGCAACUGUUCACAACAGAAUGGCAUUUCUCAUUCAUUUUAUCAAAUGGCAAAUGCCUUAGUACAUGUCUCAAUUGUCUCAGUGCAUCUUUGCAAAUGAUUAAGUACAAGUAGCCUACAGUUAUACAGUUAGCCCACAUUUAGCACAUUUUCCAAAUGAAUAGAUCUUGUAGAUCUAAACUGAUUAGUUGAUUCCCAGUUUAAUGAUCAUUCCCUCCAAAACAUGUCAGCAUGAUUUCAUUGUAUAAGUACUCGCAUGCACAACUGUCUGUUCAAUUGUCAAAAUUGGUCAAAAACAUAAUACCAUGAAUACCAUAUAUGAAUUUCUUUGAAUAUUUGAUAAAUUGAUGACAGUCAUUGACAGUCAGGUGAAACUAGACUAACGAAGGGGGAGUGUCACACACAGGUGUGUUCCAUGAUUGUGUGCUGCCAAACACAGAUAUAUAGAGCUUGA